AUGCAGGAUUACAGCAGUAAGAAUGUCCAUGUGCAGGAUUACAGCAGUAAUAAUCAUGUCCAUGUGUGGGAUUACAGCAGUAAUAAUGUCAGUGUGUGGGAUUACGGCAGUAAUAAUGUCCAUGAUUACAGCAGUAAGAAUGUCCAUGUGCAGGAUUACAGCAGUAAUAAUCAUGUCCAUGUGUGGGAUUACAGCAGUAAUAAUGUCCAUGUGUGGGAUUACAGCAGUAAUAAUGUCCAUGAUUACAGCAGUAAUAAUGUCCAUGUGUGGGAUUACAGCAGUAAUAAUGUCCAUGUGUGGGAUUACAGCAGUAAUAAUGUCCAUGUGUGGGAUUACAGCAGUAAUAAUGUCCAUGAUUACAGCAGUAAUAAUGUCCAUGUGUGGGAUUACAGCAGUAAUAAUGUCCAUGUGUGGGAUUACAGCAGUAAUAAUGUCCAUGUGUGGGAUUACAGCAGUAAUAAUCAUGUCCAUGUGCAGGAUUACAGCAGUAAUAAUGUCCAUGUGUGGGAUUACAGCAGUAAUAAUGUCCAUGUCUGUGAUAAUGUCCAUGUGUGGGAUUACAGGAGUAAUAAUGUCCAUGUGUGGGAUUACAGCAGUAAUAAUGUCCAUGUCUGUAAUAAUGUCCAUGUGCAGGAUUACAGCAGUAAUAAUGUCCAUGUGUGGGAUUACAGCAGUAAUAAUGUCCAUGUGUGGGAUUACAGCAGUAAUAAUGUCCAUGAUUACAGCAGUAAUAAUGUCCAUGUGUGGGAUUACAGCAGUAAUAAUGUCCAUGUGUGGGAUUACAGCAGUAAUAAUGUCCAUGUGUGGGAUUACAGCAGUAAUAAUCAUGUCCAUGUGCAGGAUUACAGCAGUAAUAAUGUCCAUGUGUGGGAUUACAGCAGUAAUAAUGUCCAUGUGAGUAAUAAUGUCCAUGUGUGGGAUUACAGCAGUAAUAAUCAUGUCCAUGUGCAGGAUUACAGCAGUAAUAAUGUCCAUGUGUGGGAUUACAGCAGUAAUAAUGUCCAUGUGUGGGAUUACAGCAGUAAUAAUGUCCAUGUGUGGGAUUACAGCAGUAAUAAUGUCCAUGUGCAGGAUUACAGCAGUAAUAAUGUCCAUGUGCCGGAUUACAGCAGUAAUAAUCACGUCCAUGUGCAGGAUUACAGCAGUAAUAAUGUCCAUGUGUGGGAUUACAGCAGUAAUAAUGUCCAUGUGUGGGAUUACAGCAGUAAUAAUGUCCAUGUGUGGGAUUACAGCUGUAAUAAUGUCCAUGUGCAGGAUUACAGCAGUAAUAAUGUCCAUGUGUGGGAUUACAGCAGUAAUAAUGUCCAUGUGUGGGAUUACAGCAGUAAUAAUAUCUAUGUGUGGGAUUACAGCAGUAAUAAUAUCUAUGUGUGGGAUUACAGCAGUAAUAAUAUCUAUGUGUGGGAUUACAGCAGUAAUAAUAACUAUGUGUGGGAUUACAGCAGUAAUAAUGUCCAUGUGUGA